GCGGCGCGCGGGAGCGGCGCGGGCUGGGGCUCAGAGAGAGAGGAAGAGAGAGAGAGAAACAUUGAUGUGAGAGAAACAUUGGUUGGUUGCCUCCUGCACACGCCCCAACCGGGGACUGAACCUGCAACCUAGAAUAAUCAUGGGCCAGACUGGGAAGAAGUCUGAGAAGGGACCAGUUUGUUGGCGGAAGCGCGUGAAAUCAGAGUACAUGAGGCUGCGGCAGCUCAAGAGGUUCAGGCGAGCCGACGAAGUGAAGAGUAUGUUUAGUUCCAAUCGUCAGAAAAUUGUGGAAAGAACGGAAAUCUUAAACCAAGAAUGGAAGCAACGAAGGAUACAGCCUGUGCACAUCCUGACUUCUGUGAGCUCAUUGCGCGGGACCAGGGAGUGUUCGGUGACCAGCGACUUGGACUUUCCAACGCAAGUCAUCCCAUUAAAGACUCUGAACGCUGUUGCCUCGGUGCCCAUAAUGUAUUCCUGGUCCCCCCUGCAGCAGAAUUUCAUGGUGGAAGAUGAAACUGUUUUACAUAAUAUUCCUUAUAUGGGGGAUGAAGUUUUAGACCAGGAUGGGACUUUCAUUGAAGAACUAAUAAAAAAUUAUGAUGGAAAAGUACAUGGGGACAGAGAAUGUGGGUUCAUAAAUGACGAAAUCUUCGUGGAGUUGGUGAAUGCGCUUGGCCAGUACAAUGACGACGACGAUGACGAUGACGGAGAUGAGGCUGAGGAGAGGGAAGAGAAACAGAAAGACCUGGAGGAGAGUCGGGACGAUAAAGAAAGCCGUCCACCUCGCAAAUUUCCUUCGGACAAAAUUUUUGAAGCCAUUUCCUCAAUGUUUCCAGAUAAGGGCACAGCAGAAGAACUAAAGGAAAAGUAUAAAGAACUCACCGAGCAACAGCUCCCAGGGGCACUUCCUCCGGAAUGUACUCCGAACAUAGAUGGACCAAAUGCUAAAUCUGUCCAGAGGGAGCAGAGCCUGCACUCAUUCCACACGCUCUUCUGUAGGCGAUGUUUCAAGUACGACUGCUUCCUACAUCCCUUCCAUGCAACACCCAACACCUAUAAGCGGAAGAACACGGAGGCAGCGCUGGACAACAAGCCUUGCGGGCCCCAGUGCUACCAGCACCUGGAGGGAGCCAAGGAGUUCGCCGCCGCCCUCACUGCCGAGCGGAUUAAGACGCCGCCCAAGCGCCCGGGCGGCCGCAGACGAGGGCGGCUUCCCAACAACAGCAGCAGGCCCAGCACCCCCACCAUCAACGUGCUGGAGUCGAAGGACACGGACAGCGACCGGGAAGCCGGGGCCGAGACGGGCGGUGAGAACAAUGACAAGGAGGAGGAGGAGAAGAAGGACGAGACCUCCAGCUCCUCUGAAGCGAAUUCUCGGUGUCAAACGCCCAUAAAGAUGAAGCCGAACAGCGAGCCCCCGGAGAACGUGGAGUGGAGCGGGGCCGAGGCCUCCAUGUUCCGGGUCCUCAUCGGCACCUACUAUGACAACUUCUGUGCCAUUGCCAGGCUAAUCGGGACCAAGACAUGUAGACAGGUGUACGAGUUUCGGGUCAAAGAAUCCAGUAUCAUAGCUCCGGCUCCCGCCGAGGAUGUGGACACCCCUCCGCGGAAGAAGAAGAGGAAACACCGGUUGUGGGCCGCACACUGCAGAAAGAUACAGCUGAAAAAAGACGGCUCCUCGAACCACGUUUACAACUACCAACCCUGUGACCAUCCACGGCAGCCUUGUGACAGUUCGUGCCCUUGCGUGAUAGCCCAGAAUUUUUGUGAAAAGUUUUGUCAGUGUAGUUCAGAGUGCCAGAACCGCUUUCCCGGCUGCCGCUGCAAAGCGCAGUGCAACACCAAGCAGUGCCCCUGCUACCUGGCCGUCCGGGAGUGUGACCCCGACCUGUGCCUGACGUGUGGGGCUGCCGACCACUGGGACAGCAAGAACGUGUCCUGCAAGAACUGCAGCAUCCAGCGGGGCUCCAAAAAGCACCUGCUGCUGGCGCCAUCCGACGUGGCAGGCUGGGGCAUUUUCAUCAAAGACCCUGUGCAGAAGAACGAGUUCAUCUCGGAGUACUGCGGGGAGAUAAUUUCUCAAGACGAAGCUGACAGAAGAGGGAAAGUGUAUGACAAGUAUAUGUGCAGCUUUCUCUUCAACCUGAACAACGAUUUUGUGGUGGAUGCAACUCGCAAGGGUAACAAAAUUCGUUUUGCGAAUCAUUCAGUCAAUCCAAACUGCUAUGCAAAAGUGAUGAUGGUGAACGGCGACCACAGGAUAGGGAUCUUUGCGAAGAGAGCCAUCCAGACUGGCGAAGAGCUGUUUUUUGAUUACAGAUACAGCCAGGCCGACGCCCUGAAAUACGUGGGCAUCGAACGGGAGAUGGAGAUCCCUUGACGUCUGCUACCUCCUCCCCUCCUCCUCCGGAACAGCUGCCUUUAGCUUCAGGACCCUCGAGUACUGUGGGCAAUGUAGAAAAAGAAGAUGCAGUUUGAAAUCCUGAAUUUGCAAAGUACUGUAAGAAUAAUUUAUAGAAAUGAGUUUAAAAAUCAACUUUUUAUUGCCUUCU